CUCGAGUGCUAUGUUGCGGUGUGCAUGCGUGUGCAGUUCAGGCGAGGACGACGACCUGGUUGAUGUAGGCAGGAGGCCGACCUCCCAUGCCCCACCUUCCCCAUCAAACUAUGCAACCUUUCGCGAUGACAAGAAACCAGCAGAAGUAUUCAGAAGAGCUCCAACAACGUCGUCGCAGCGUCCCACACACAAGGAAACGAUGGACUCACCAACGAUAAAGGAAUACAGGCAGCACAUGGUGUCCACGACGCUUGCAUCAGAGUGGCAGGAAAUGCGAAGUCGCGAAGUUGGUCAUGCUACAGCGUCUCCUGUCUUCCUGAAGAAACCAGACCCCACGCACAAGCGAAGCCCUUCCAAGUCGCGGAGCGUGAGCCCCGCCACGAAACCAGGGAAUCUUCGUGACGUUCGCCAGGUGGAGACGCUAUGUCGAACGGAAUCACCGACAGAAGUAGUGGCAAAUGAUCCCGAUCCCCAUUCCAUUGUGCACAUUCAGGUGCCACCCGGCCCGACGGGACUCGUCCUUCGACCAAAUUCGUCUGCUCCUGUUGUCGUAGCUGGUUUUGAACCAGUGUACACGUCGCAAUUCCCAUCAGGUGGCCCAGGUCCCAUCGAAUCAAGUGACGAAGAUGUCGGUCCUGGAGCGCUUUUGGUUGCAAUCGACAAGACAUCGCUUCUGGAAGCGAGUAUGGCCGACGUCGUGGCACUCAUGGCAGCGACAGAAGGCAACCCGCGGCGAGAAUUUGUAUUUCAAACGUAUACAUCCGAGCUGUAAGCGAUUCCUGUUACGGGAAAACGUCUCGAUGGGUUUCACGUGGCGCUCCUGACCAGGGAGAUUCGAAUGAUGCCGUGUAUUGGUGGUGGAAAACCAACCCAGAGGGACUCCCUGCGACAUACAUCUCUAUCUCCUUGUUCUAUUCAACCUACUCGCCCUUUUUCUUGUCCGA